UAAAUGGCUUCUCAACGUGCUCAGAGUCAAGAGCAGGGCCAGAGCACAAAGGCAGAUGACAGUCAUCAGAAAACAUCACGAGUGUCCCUUAGCCACUGUGUAAAGGGACCGAAUACCAGGAAGGACAGGGAGAGGGACUUGGCUCAAUCCGGCUGUACCUGCUCCUCCUCUCUAAUCCCAGAGCUUACUGUGAUGUCACCAGGCCAGGCUCUGACACGCAUUUGUGAUGCCCAACUGUGGCAGCUGCAGCUGCUGUUAUCAAUGUGAGCAGGACGUCACGGCAGGCAGCACUGGACUGGAAGGACAAGAUGAUGCUCCCACUUCUAAUUGCACUGCUCAUGGCAUGCAAGGGACAUGCCCAGGAUCACCAAGAAUCAGUUCUGUGUGGCCACAGACCUCUCUUCCCAAACUCAUCAUGGCUGCCAUUCCGGGAGAUACUGGAAGUCCAGAACGGCGAGUUCCCAUGGCAAGUGAGUAUCCAGAUGCUUGGAAAACACCUGUGCGGAGGCUCCAUCAUCCAUCAGUGGUGGGUUCUGACAGCAGCACAUUGCUUCCCAAAAACCCUGUUAGACGUGGUAGCCGUAAACAUCACUGUGGUCAUGGGGACCAAGACUAUCAGCGACGUCAACUUGGAGAGAAAACACGUGCAGAAGAUCAUUGCUCACAAAGAUUACAAGCCACCCCACUUUGACAAUGACCUAUGCCUGCUCCUGCUUGCCACAGCAGUCCAAUUCAACAAUGUCAAAAUACCCAUCUGCCUGGCGCAGAAGGAGAGCUCCUGGGACCGGUGCUGGAUGGCAGAGUGGGCAUCUGCUCAUGACCACGGCUCAGCUAAAAGCUUAAACAUGAAACUGAAGAAGCUGAGGUUGGUUCAGAUGAACUGGAAAGCAUGCGCCAAGAGGGUGACUGGCCUCUCUAGGACCAUGCUUUGUGCCUGGAAGGAAGUGGGCACCAACGGCAGGUGCCAGGGAGACAGCGGGGCGCCCAUGGUCUGCGGUAACUGGAGGACACGGAGGCUCUUUCAAGUGGGUGUCUUCAGCUGGGGUGUAACCUCAGGAUUCAUGGGGAGGCCUGGCAUUUUUAUGUCUGUGCCUCAGUUUGUCCCGUGGAUCCUGGAGGAGACAGAAAAGGAGGGGAGAGCUGUCACCCUCUCAAGGGCCUCUAGAGUCCCUCUGACUUGUGCUCCGUGUUACUCCUUAUUGCUAAGCUUGGGGUCUCAAAUACUGUUUGCUGCCAUGUUUGCUGGGAAUAAAUCAGAUUGCUAAGCUCUGACCCUCUUCCCGUUCGUCCAGUCUGUUC